GUCAGAGCGACACAGCAGCAGCAGACAUGAGCGGACGAGUGGGAGACCUGAGCCCAAAACAGGCUGAGAUAUUAACUGAGUGAUCUUACUCUCUGCUCCUCUGUGGUGCGUUCACUGCACUUAGAUACACUUCUGAGUUUCGGGGGAGGAUCCAGGACAUCCUCCCCAACCUGCCUGCACAGCACGACCACUACCUCCUCCGCUGGCUCCGAGCUCGCAGCUUCAACGUUCAGAAAGCUGAAACUAUGAUCAGAAAGCAUCUGGAGUUCAGGAAGAAGAUGAACAUUGACUCCAUCAUAUCUGACUGGAAACCUCCAGAGGUGAUUGACAAGUACGUGUCUGGAGGGAUGUGUGGAUACGACAGGGAGGGCAGUCCCAUCUGGUAUGAUGUCAUCGGCCCUCUGGACCCUAAAGGUCUGUUGCUAUCGGCGACCAAACAAGACUUCAUGAAGACGAAGAUCAGACACACUGAGAUGCUGCAGAGGGAGUGUCAGAGGCAGUCGGAGAAGUUGGGGCAGAACGUUGAAGCGAUCACUCUGAUCUACGACUGUGAAGGACUCGGACUGAAACACAUCUGGAAGCCUGCCAUAGAGACGUACGGAGAGAUCCUCACCAUGUUUGAAGACAACUAUCCAGAGGGCCUGAAGAGGGUGUUUCUGAUCAAAGCUCCGAGAAUGUUUCCCAUGGCCUACAACCUCAUCAAACACUUCCUGUGUGAGGAGACGCGACGGAAGAUCAUCGUUUUAGGAAGUAACUGGCAGGAAGUGUUACGUAAACACAUCGACCCCGAGCAGCUUCCUGUGGUGUACGGAGGAACCCUGACUGAUCCUGAUGGAGACCCUCGCUGCAGAACCAUGAUAAAGUACGGCGGCACAGUUCCCAAGUCGUACUACGUUCAGGACUCGGUGAAGGUUCAGUACGACAGCAGCGUGACCAUCAGCCGAGGCUCCGUCCUCCAGCUAGAAUAUGAUGUCACAGCAGCCAGCAGCCUCCUGAGGUGGCAGUUUGCCAGCGACGGAGCGGACAUCGGGUUCGGAGUGUACAGACGGACCAAAGAGGGCGUCGGACAGAAAGUGGCUGAGAUGCUACAGGUUCUGCCCAGCGAACGCUACAAUGCACACCUGGUCCCUGAAGACAGCGGCCUCACCUGCUCUGAGCCUGGAGUCUACGUGCUGUGUUUCGAUAACAGCUACAGCAUCCUGCAGUCCAAGAGGGUGAGCUACAAAGUCGAGGUUCUUCCUCCGCCGGACGGACAGAUGCAGAGUCCAUGCAGCCGAGGAGACGGCAGGCUGCAGUGAGCGGGAACACAGAGUUCACUGAGUAUCACCAGUCACUGACAGCAAAAUCAAUACACUUGCAUCAGAGCAAAAAACAACUGUGGACUUCCUGUCAACACCUCUGUUUGUCCCACUGUACGCAUCAUGUAUGUGUUAGUUUAUAAUCAGUAAUUAUCCCUCGAUAACUUGAUUAUAGAGCAGUCUUUUACAAUGCAGCUGAUAACCACAUGUGCCCUACCUGCAGACACAGGCUGAUGAACGUAGUGAAGCAUUUAGCAUCUAAAUGUUUCCAUCAAAAGUUCCUGUAUUGUUGUUGUAACAAGAUCGACUACAGCUGCUUUAAAUACAAAUUAUUAGCCGCAGCACCGGCGAUAGCUGUGGACGAAGGCAUUAUGUUUUCAGGUUGUCCAUCUGUCCGUCCAUCCUUGUGAUACCUCAAGGAACGGCUCAAGGGAAUUUCUUCAAAUUUCCCACAAAUGUCCACUUGGACUCAGCGAUGAACUGAUACGUUUUUGGUGGUCAUAGGUGAAAGAUCAAGGUCACUGUGACCUUGUCUGUCUCAUUUCUCCAAAACACCUCAAGGAAAUUUCAUUGAAAAUUUGACACGAAUGUCCACUUUGACUGAAAAAUAAACUGAUGAGAAUUAGGUGGUCAAAGGUAAAAGGUCAAGGUCACUGUGACCUUCCUUUCUCAUUCUUGUGCAAAAAGUAUCUCAUGAACUCCUAAUGGGAAUUUCUUCAAAUUUGGAACAAAUGUUCACUUGGACUCUAUGAACAGGUUAGAGUUGAUGGUCAAAGGUCAAGGUUACUGUGACCUUGCAUCUGUCUCAUUCUUGUGAAUGCGCUAUCUUAAUAACUUGAGGGGAUUUCUUCAAAUUUGGCACAAAUGUUCACUAGGACUCAACUAUAAUUUGAUUGGAUUUCAGUGGUCAAAGGUCAGAGGUCUAGGUCACUGUGACCUUGCUUCUGUCUCAUUCUUGAAAUGCAAUAUCUCAAAAACACCUUGAGGGAAUUUCUUCAAAUUUGGCACAAACGUCCACUCGGACUCACCAAUGAACUGAUCAGACUUUGGUCAUCAAAGGCCAAGGUCCAAGGUCAGCUUGACUGUGACAUCAUCAUGUUUUAACGUCAUAUCUCAGGAACAGAAGGGGAGACAUUUGGUCAGAUACUGAAUUGGUGACUCUAAUCUUGAAACUGUGCUGAUUGUAUAGAUCUUCUGUGUGUGAAGCAUCCAUGUUUUCACUGACAUGGAUGGAGACUGUCAGAGACACUGGACUGGUGGGCGGAGUCAUACAUCCACAGGGUGGACUGGUGGGCGGAGUCACACAACCACAGGGUGGUAAUUGUAGUUUUUACGUGUGUCAACGCAGCCAAGAAACUGACUUUCUUCAGGAGGAAUCUACAGGGAUAAAUUAGGUUGCUGUAAUUUUCAACACUGAAUAUAAACACCUGGUUAUUUGUUUACAGUAUGUUAAAAAAUCAGCUCACUGCAGACGUCUGGUGCUAACUGUCCCCUCUCUGUGCAAAUACGCCUCGGUGCAAAGCAGUCCAAUUCACUGGUCUGUACGUCAUCUACAUCACUGCAGCAAGGUGAGGAGUGAAACCAGGAACGACAACAUUUUCUGCAAGUGUGAAGUUUCUCUUUCGGCACUGAUUUAUUCAGGAGUGACCGAUCAUGUGCUGAUCCUGACACAGACAGUGUUUCCAAACUGAUUUAAGUUUACCGUUUAUUUACAGUUGAUCACAGUUGAAUGAAGAAGUGAACUUAGUUUUGAGAAAUGUGUGAAACUGAUAUUAGAAACAGAAACCUCGACAAGGUGAUCCUCGAUCCUUCGGCCCCUGAAGGUCUGAGGCCCUGGGGUCGUUGUGAAUAGAUAAUUAAUGUGACGUGUUUCUUCAGGACAAUGAAGGUCAUAGAUAUCUUUUUUUUUUUAAAGGAACUUGUUUCACCAGCAUUUCAAACCAGAAUCACUUUAACUGUAUGAACUCAUCAGUUCAUGUUGUUGGAUAAUUGUCAUGUGUUUGUAAUCUAAUGUGAUAAUUAACGACUGUAUCGUCCUGUUUACCCGACUGAACAGCUGAACAAACAAAGAAGGACGACACGCUGAAGACAGAUGGAGCAAAGUUACUGUAUGAGGUCAUUCAUCGAGCUGUCACAUGAUCAUGUGUUUGAUAAUUGUUCGUUUGUUCUGCUCAUGUUGUUUGACUUUAUUAUCAGAGUCUAAAUGAUGUGUUGAAAUGAAGGAUGUUCAUAAUAUUAAUAAAUGUGCGAAGUGUAAUUACAGCCUUGAAAAACAACAUGAGGUCAUAAUGAGGACAGAAUUCACAAAAUAAUGUGAACAAGAUAUUUUUGUAAUUUAAGAAGAAUCUUCAGUUACACUUUGUUACUUGUAAUAAAAGCAGAAAUUAAAGAGAAACUGUUGGUUUUAA